CCUGGAACGACGAACCACUUCCAUUCUCACCUGAUCAUCCAGGAACAGGAAGCUGGCAAAGAAGAUGAAAGCAUCACUGUCACUACUGCUGGUGCUCGUCGCCGGGUCUUGUACGUUUGGGAAAUACACCCCAAAGACGGGCAAGAGGAGCCCUCAGACUCUGUCCAGAGGUUGGGGUGACCAGCUGAUCUGGGCUCAGACGUACGAGGAAGCGCUCUACUGGGCUCGGUCAAGAAACAAGCCCUUGAUGGUGCUCUUUCACCUGGAAGACUGUCCACACUGCCUGGCGCUCAAGAAGGUCUUUUCCGAGAACAAUGACAUCCAAAGAAUCCUGGAUGAGGACUUUGUUGUGCUCAACCUGGUGUAUGAAACCACGGACAAACAUCUCUCUCCAGACGGACAGUACGUUCCCAGAAUCAUUUUUGUUGACCCUUCCAUGACAGUGAGGGCUGACAUUACUGGUCGCUACGCCAACCGCAUGUAUGCCUACGAACCAACCGACCUCAAACUCCUGAUCAGCAACAUGCAGAAGGCCAAGAAACUCCUCAAGUCUGAGCUGUGAGCCUGCGGGCCGGACACGGGUUCCUCCGGAGACGCCGUCAACGUCAGCAACUGACGUGUUCGAAAAAGCAAGCACUGGGAAGUUACGUCUGGUGACUUCCAUUCAAAUCGUCUUCCUUCUUAUGUUCUCUUGUCGGUCGGGGCAAUUUAAUGAUGGAUGGUUUUUUUUGUUUGUUUCCAUGUGACUGGACGGUACCCCAUAAAAGAUUACAAACACCAAAGCAGAGAGUCUCUUUACAAAAUGUAACACGAAAACGUGACAAUAGCGGAGAUAUGCGUAAAAAUGGAAACAAAGUACUAAGCUACACAGAAUAACAAGUAACCCUUGUUUCUUCAGUUUCUUGCUCAUU